UAAUGACUGACCUUCCUUUGGACUCACUGUUAUGCAUCGCACUUGCACUGCAUAACCUCAGGGAUCCAUAUGUUGAAGAAUAUGCAGGAAUCUGCUAAAGAAUGGAAUAUCUCUUUUGCUGGCUGUGGAUUUCUGAUGGCUUACUACUGUGGAGUCUAUAGCUGUUUAUUUGAGCGGGCCCCGUUUUUCCUUAAGGAGGUGAAGAAGAUUUGUGGGGCUUCAUCUGGGGCUCUCAUGGGUGCAAUGCUAGCAUGCCAAAUGUCUCCAGGAAAUUACAUUUUGAAGCCAAAUCCUGUGAAAAUUUGCUGGAAAUGUCUCGAGAGGCUCGGAAAGGCACUCUGGGGGCUGUGCAUCCCUCCUUCGACCUGCUUAAGAUAGUACGAAACUUCCUAAAUCGUGACCUGCCUGAUGAUGCCCACCUGCUCGCCAGUGGACGGCUGUUUGUGUCACUCACACGAGUGUCAGAUGGGACAAAUGUGCUGGUGUCUGAGUUCGACAGUAAAGAAGAUCUCGUUCAGGCUCUGAUUUGUAGCUGCUUUUAUCCACUGUACUGUGGUGUGAUACCUCCAAGAUAUCAUGGAAUAAGGUAUGUAGACGGAGCAUUGAGUGAUAACAUGCCGUUCUCUGGUCUGAGGAACACAAUCACCAUCUCGCCUUUUUCUGGAGAAAGUGACAUCAGUCCUUAUGGCAACCCUUUUUACUUUCAUGACAUAUACUACAAUAACGUCAGCAUACACAUCAACUUCAUUAACGCACACCAAGUGGUCAUUGCGUUUUUUCCUCCAGAAGCAGAGGUCUUGGAUGAGAUGUGUCAAAAUGGAUAUAAGGAUGCUUUCCUUUUUCUAAAAGAGAAUGAACUCCUAAAGCUCACAUCGUCGCUGUCAGAACUGACCCGAAUAGAUGAAUGGAAGAAUAUUCCAACAUCUGAGAAAUAUAUUAGUGAUAACAAACUAAGAGUGACUGGGAAUUCAAAAAAUAUCCUUCCAGAGUCCAUCAAAAAAGUAUUUUGUAAGGCUAGCAUGAGGGAAGAUGAAGAAUUAAGAUGUUCUCUCUCAGUGAAGCUGGUUUACUGUCUAAUGUGGUGCCUUUUGCCAGUAGAGACGGCAUGCAUAAUGGUUUUAAGGCUUGUUGAGUGCACUCCAGAGAUGUGGUCAUAUCUGCUGUGGAUGUGGCAGAUGAUAAUGAGAAUGAUUGGACAAAUAUUGAAGAAUGCUUUCUCAAGGUUUUAAAGAUAUUACAUAAUAAUCCAAAUAUUAAAUGUGAUGUCCCUAAACAAGAAUUUCUGCCUUCCGUUGUUUACGCUUUCAGAAAUAUCCAACUCUUCACCA